UUCAACAGAACGCCUUACUAGAAGCACGUGCGCCAGUGACCAGUGACGUGAAGUGAUUGUGAUCGGAAAUAUGGCCAGGUUCAUUUUGUGUGUUGUGCUUAUCGCAGUGUUGUCCGGUGCGUCCGGGGCGGCACACAAACACCAUCCCAAAUUCCCCAAAGGACUUGAAGAAUUAGGGAUACGGGAUUACGAGUCUUUUAGAAAAGUUGCAUGCACCGCUGACAACUCAAGAGAGCGCGACAACAUUAUCGAACAGUCUAAAUGCGGGGAACCUAAAGAUGUUUUCGAGUAUCUAAAGACCAAAGCUGCUCAUGAGCAGGUGAGUCCUGCAGCAGUUUGGGUGAAGAGGUGCGUGGGGCUGUGCGAGUACGACAAUGAAGGCUCGUGCGUCCCAGACGAGACUGAGAUUCGGCAUAUACCGAUUCGAAUAUACAACGCAAAAACCAAUAAGGAGACGUGCGCGACGUAUCCAAUAGAGGAGCACAAGAGUUGCAGGUGCUGCGCGUUGUCUCCCGAGAAGUGCGCCGCGCCUCGCGUCUACAACCCUCGUAAGUGCAGCUGUACUUGUCCCAACAUGGAAGAGAGAAGGAACUGCCUCAAAAAGCGGAACCAGAAUAUGAGGUGGAAUCGAUCUAAAUGUCAAUGCGAGGAGAGAAGAAGAGUGCCUUAAACAGUAGUGGAUCAGUGCCGUGGGUGUGAGACUCAAGUGACAGUAUACGUAACUUGCGACUGAAUAAGUGUCUUAUAGUCAUAGGGAAACAAGAAUCUAACAGUAUUAUAGUCUGUAAGCUAUUUAUUUGUUAGUUUUAAGAAAAAAUGGGGCCAAAAGGUGCUGUGAGUAACCUUGAUAUCGUAUUCCAUGACUUUUUGGUUUUAAACUUUAUAUUUAUCUUUUUGUAUAUAUGUGUAAAUAUGGACAUCACUAUUCAGUAUUUUAAUUUAGCGUGAAUAUGAUUUACGCAAUUCCUAAAAUGUGAUAAAAUUAUUCCAUUUUCGGUAGGUUAAUUGUUAUUUUAAUAGCAUUUAUAUUAUUUUGUAUGUAUAAGUAUUAGUGUCUAGUCAACACACGUAAUUUAUUUUGUAUUGUAAAUAAUUUAUUUUCGCAGCUCUCUUUUUUUAACGAUGUACUUAAUUAUUUAUGUAAUGCCUCCGCGAAGUGACCUAGUCGAUGUAGUCCUCGUUGUGCCAAAGGCAUAGAAUCUCAACAGUUCACUUAUUUAUUUGUUAUUUAAUUUUGGAGGUAUUGAAGCUUUAAUAUUAAAUUAUGGACGAGAUUUAAUUAAAAUUUUUGUACUAUUAGUUUUAAGUAUGAAAAUAUAAUAAGUUUUUUUUAC